AUCUACCAUCUCCAUUCUAUUGCUUGGAUUUCUUUCUCUCUCUAUAUCUAUUGUGAAAUCGUCUAGCAUCAAUCUUGUUACUACCGUCAACACAAUCCACCGCCAACAUGUCCCUCCGCAUCGCCCCCCCCUCAACAGCCCCCAACAGCACCUCAAACACCACAACCCGCCAAUCCAUCCCCAUCACCCUCCCGCACCCAUCCAAAGGCGCCCCCUCCGCCCCCGGCCUCCCCGACACCCUCCGCGACAACAUCACGCAGCAAGCCCCCACCGGACCCCCCUCCGCCCACGCCGACUCCGCAGCAACCACCUCCGCCCACCCGCUCGAAGCCCGCCUCCUCGCCUGGCGCCAGACCCAGCACGCCCUGAAGAUGGAGUCCCUGCGUCGCGCCUACGGCAUCGCCGAGCCCGUUCGCCGCGGCAUGGAGCUGAAGCUGGUCCGUGAUGGGACCUUCCGGCCGGCUGUGCUGGGCGGGGCCCGUGGCGGUGGUGGGAGCAGUGUGCAUGAGGAUAUCUUGGUGCUGGGUGGUAGGGAUGCGGAGAUUGGGUGGGAGGAUGUUUUCCAGGGAGACGAAUUCAGAGAACCGCCUACCUUCCACGACGAGAUGGAGAAGCGACUGCGUAUGGACUAGUGGUUGUUUCUUUUCUAUCUCUCUUAACUCGCUUGUUCGUCUUUUUCCGUUUAUGAUACUUGUUACUCCUGUUAGGUCACGAAAUUAGUCUUGACACUGGCGUCUCCGUGGUUGCUACUACUACUACUACAACAUACACACAUACUAUUCAGAUGCAAUCAAUAGAUUGUGGUUGAACCGGUUAUACGUAUAUCCUUACGGAAUAAGAGGGUCUUCUUACGGGAUGAGGAUCUCGUUAAGGGAAUGAGAUAUCCCUACUAGACCAUAUUAUACGACGCGGAUAUGUCUGGAUCUCACUGAUAUCAACAAUCAAACGUAUACAAUAUAUUGAUCAUAGUAGGUAGAUAGAUAGUAGCGCACAGAUAUGUCAACAUGCUCCCUUCAUCCCCCCGAGCAACAAAGAAGAAAGCAG